UAACUAUUUAUAUGACAAAUUAUUUUGCUACGUAUAAAUAAUGUCUGAGAAUAGUCAUCUGAGUAAAGGACAAAGGUUUUACAACAUUAAAGAUGUUAAUAAUACUAUUGAAAAUCUGGAAAAGGUACUAAACUGUGAAAUUACAAGAGGUAACACAAAAAAGCUUAAUGGAAAUGAUGAUGAAUUAAAAGAGCGUUUGUACUAUGAAUAUGUAAUAUUUCAAUGUCCAAAAUCUGGAUUUCCGGACAGUAAAGUUGAAGAAAAAAAUAGAAAAAGAAAGAGAGAGUCAGCAAAGACGAACUGUCCCUUUCAAAUACAUCUGAAGCUAGCAUCAAAAAGAAAGGUCAAAGGAGAAUCACAAUACCUAUAUGUUGAGUCAUGGAGCUUCGAACAUAAACAUGAUCCAAUAGUAAUGGAUACUACUAAUGAUCCAGGAACUAGCAAUGAAUCACAAACUAAAAAGAAAAGAAUGAGGAAAAAUCGUCAAACAUCUGCCGAUCAAAUGUCCGGUACAGUUAAUCUACAACCCGGGAUUUCCAAGGAUCCAUCUCGUUCUACGGUAGCCGAUGAUUCUAAAAACGAGUUUGAUUUAGGAAUAAAAUUAGCUAAAGAUAAGAAAUCGAGUCUUCAGAAUGAACAAGAUAGUCCUGAUGUUGAGUUUGAGUCAGCAUUACAAGCAGUUGAAAAAAUAGUCCUAUCAAGAACUGAACGAGGCGAAUGUCUUAAAAAAUUGGAGAAUCUCUUAUUAUUUUUCAAGAAUAAUGAUUAUCCAAAUGAGAGUAAUCGAAUAAAUAAUAUAGGAUCAUUAAACAAAUCCGCGAAUGAUAAAAAUUCUAGAGCUGCAAUCAAUGAAAAAUCUCCAGCUGAAACUGGUGACGUACCUGAAAAAGUUGAUAUUAUUCCGAUUCAAACCAAAAUACUUUCAGUUGACGCUAAUAGCUCAGAGAAUAAAAAUCAUUCAGAUCUUCCUCAUAAUUAUGAAUUUUCUGAUAAUACCGAUAUGCAUUUAAAUGCAAAAAAUCCAGCUGGUAGUGAGAUUGGGUAUGAAAUGAAGACUGCUGAAAUAAGAGACAGCAAAAAAAUUGAUAAGGCUGAGGCGUCUACUGUUGGAAAUAUAUUACAAGCUCUUGGUACUCAUUGUGUAAUAAGUAAAAUAGUGAAGGAAACUACGCCUUUAAGUAUAAUUGAUGAUCCUGCAAGUACCAACAAUGAAAAUAUAAAUGUUGUAAUUCUUAAUAACUCUUCGGGCAACGGUGAAAACAUGGCUGAAAAAAACAGCAUUACUUCUGCCCACAUUAAGAAGCCUCAGUUUGACGGUAAUAAUUCAGGCAAUAAAAAUCAUUCGGAUCUUGUUAGUAAUGAUCAAUUGUCUGAUGCUAUUGUUAUGCAUUUAAAUGUAAAAAAUCCAGCUGGCAAUGAAAUUGGGGAUAGAAUCAUUGAGGAAUCUCCAGCUGGAACUGGUGACAUACCUGCAAAAUUUGAUACUAUUCCGACUCAAGUCCAAAUACUUUUAGCUGACGCUAAUAGCUCCGACAAUAAAAAUCAUUCAGAUCUUCCUCAUAAUUAUGAAUUUUCUGAUAAUACCGAUAUACAAUUAAAUGCAAAUAACCCAGUUGAUGGUGAGAUUGUGAAUCAGGCGAAAACUGCUGACGAUCAUACUGAUACUAACCUCAUAUCAAUUUCUAAUGAGCUCGAGUUGGAAAAAAGCGGUAUUGUUGAUGAAGGCAACAAAAAAUCAGAAACUGAUAAUGUUCAUCAAAAGACCAUGCCCGUGGAAUUUGCUCUAUUACCACAAGCCGAACAAGAAUUUAGAAUUUUAUUAUCAAUUUUCAAUGAUGAAGAGUAUGUUCAAAGAGUUGAUAAGAAAAAUAAAAUUAAAAAGAGCGAUGUUACCAAACUAACGUAUAUUGAUUUGAAAGAUCCAAUAGUUAGUUGUGAUCUUGAUCCUGUUAAACAAUAUUUCACUUCUCAUGCGUUCACGUAUCUAAAAGAAGUAAUCCAAGUCAAAAUUGAUAGCCAUGUAUGGACUUGUGAAGCCUGCAAAAAAAGUAUUGUUGAGCAGUGUGUUUGUUGUGACCAAUGCUUAUAUUGGUUUGAAUGGAGUUGUGCAGGAAUCAACGAGAAUCCGACAGAAAAUUGGUUCUGCAAAAAUUGCAUUGACAAGAAUAAUUAA